AGCAGAAGGACAAGAAGCUGCUCAGCAUUCAGCAUCCACAAGCACCAGUAACUGUGUGUGUGUGUGUGCGUUUUAAGAGACAGGCAGAUGAUGGGGAAAAAGAGAGAGAACUGCUUCUGCCACUGACUGAUCUUUGAAUAAAGAAUCCAGUCGUUGCCACCCACUGAUAGAUAGAGAGUUCUACAUUAAAAGAAAUUGAAACCUGUUUGUAAAAGUACACAGCCAGACAUGUAGGCAUGAAUGCGUGCAGGCACAUGCAUGUGUGUGUGUGUGUGUGUGUGUGUGUGUGUGUGUACGGGAACGUGUUCAGUGUAACAUGAAUCUAAAAGUGAGUGACAGGUCUCAUAGGUUCAGAUUCACACACACACACGGCUAUAUAUUUAAGAAUAUGCAUUUUUGAGUAUUUGAGAGUGUGUAUGUAAGAAAAGAAGGGUGUGAAAAUAUGUUUGUGAGAGAAAGUGUAAGAAUGUGUGUGUGUGUGUGUGUGUGUGUGGUAAAAGAAUACAGGAAACUGUAGGGAAGGAUGGUAACUUGUAAUUUGUUUUUGUUUUUAAGAAAAGAGAAAAAAAGAAGCAGACUUUCAGAGUUAGACCCAAAAUCAGAAUGAAAUUCAUAUUUUAAGAGAACAUAGAAUGAUAAGUAUGAUGGUCCACGAAACCUGAUCUCAGACUUUGUGAGAUGGACACACAGACACACACACUUAGCUGGGGAGUGGAGGGGGUGGACAAAAACAAUGAUGAUGAUGAUGGCUGUACAAUUUUUGAAAGUUAAAAAAAAAAAUUACUGCUCCCCUGUCCCCGCCCUCCUAUAUAUGAACUGAAUAAACUUGAAGAAUUUCUAUGGAAAUGUUUGAAGGAACAACAAGGAAAACUAUGAUUUGUGGUAAACAACUAAUUGAACAGUCGAUACCAAAGACUUUACCAUUUUUCAAACUUCCACUACCUUCUUUCUGCCAAAGAAUAAUAAGGAAGUCACAGAAGAAGUGAAAGAUAGAAUGAUAGACAGACAAACAGAGAGAAAUUGGAAGGAAUUCCCCCACAAUGAAACCCAAUGGAAUUAAUGAUGGCAGAUAAACUAAGCUUUGAACAAAGGAAAUUCACUCUGAAAUGCUACUGGAAGUGUGAAAACGUAGUUGAAGUGCAAAGAGAGUUUAGGAGGGAGUUUCAAGCAAAUCCACCAACGCGACUAACCGUCACUCGAAUUAGAGAUAAGUUUGAAGCCGAUGGAACUGUUCAGAAUGUUCAUGAGAAGCAUUCCAGAAGACCAAGAACAACAACAAUCCCCUCAAACCAAGAAGGAGUAUUGGAAAGGAAUCACCAAAGUCCAAGAAAAUCUGUGCAGCAAGAGAGUCGUGAGGCAGGUAUUUCAAAAUCUUCUGUCCAACGCAUUUUGAAGCGUUGUCAAUGGAAAAGUUACCUUCCAAGAUUAGUCCAUGCUAUUAAUGACGAUGGUCCAGACCGAAGAGUGCAGUAUUGUGAGUGGUGCUUGGUGCGAUAUGUAGAAGAAGCACAUUUACCAAAAAAGAUUGUGUGGAGGGAUGAGGCCACAUUCAAAUUAAAUGGUUCAAUUAACCGCCACAAUUGCACCUACUGGGGAUCUGAAAAUCCGCAUGUUAUGGUGGAACAACAUGUUAAUUUACCAGGAGUUACAGUGUGGUGUGGCUUAUCAUCAAGAGGAUUAACUGGGCCAUUCUUUUUUUAUGCUACUCUACUUGCUCCCGUUUACUUGAACUUGCUGCAACAGUCUCUCAUGCCAAGCUUUAGAGAAGACUUUGAAGAUGAGGAGUUUUAUUCUCAGCAAGAUGGGGCACCCCCACACUACCAUCGCGAUGUUAGAUCCUUCCUUGAUGAGAUCUUGCCAAACGAAGGGGUUUCAUUUAUUACCUGCCGUGUUCACCUGACCUCACACCACUAGACUUUUUGUGUUAUGGGGAUACCUAAAAGACAAAGUCUACGUUAUGAAACCUGCAACAGUCACUCAUUUCAGAGCAACCAUUGAACGAGAAUGCAUACAAAUACCAAACGAAUUGUUUCGUGAUGUUUACGAUUCUAUUGCUUCACUUUGUCAGCAGUGCCUGGACCAGAAUGGACGUCAGCUUGAAAACAGGCUGACAAAACAAUAAAUUAAGGUCUGUAGAUUCUAUAAAAUUUCGAAAAUUAAAUGUAUUUUAAUAAACACCUACUUUACAAUUAUAUAAAGUGUGUAUACAUUUUGGGGGGACACCCUGUAUAUAUAUAUAUAUAUAUAUAUAUAAUACUUUGCAUUGAAUAAUUCCGAGUUAAUAGAAGAUUCUUGGUUACAUACUUGCUGUGAUAUUAAAAGCAAACUGAAACUUUAACCAAAUACAAACGAAAGAUCAAACAACAAGAACGUGUAAAGACUUGGUUGGUAUUUAUUUAAUUUAGAAUUAUUUUGGCCUUAUAAAGUUCAUUGUGAACUUCGCCCUUUUUUUUUUUAACAACAAUCGGAGGGCGAACCGCUGUCGCCACUUUCACGUAGCUUUGCCACAAUUUUCUUGUUUCCACCAGUUUUCAGCAGAAAUUCAAUAAGAAGAAGAACGAUAACUCUUUAGUAAGGUAGACCAAGGGAGAUAACUAUUCCUUGUCCUCACAAAAGUAAAUGGAGAAGAUAUUUUCUUAGACUCAAUGGAUGGAGGUUAAAUAUAAUUUAUGGGAGGCGACAGAAUGAUUUCACCUCUCCUUAUAUAUUCUUCUUCCUCUUUUUUCAUUUUUCC